AUGGCGACCAAGAGCCACCCAAACCUGGUGAGGCUGCUGGGGUACUGCUUUGAUAUGAGCUACGAGGCGGAGCGCAUGGAGCAGAUCGUGGUCUAUGAGUUCAUGGCCAACGGCGACCUCGGCCGCUGGAUCGGAGCCGGCGCACCUCAUCCUCUCACGAUGCAGCAACGACUCGCCAUUCUCACGGGCAUGGCGCGCGGGCUGGAGUAUCUGCACGGCUUCAGCAUCGUGCAUCGCGACAUCAAGCCCGCCAACGUGCUGCUGGACGCGCGCAUGCACGCCAAGCUCGCUGACUUUGGGCUGGUGCGACUUGGGGAAGGUACAUCUGUGGCCGCCACGCGCGUCAUGGGCACGCCGGGCUAUGUGGACCCCGCUUACUACCACUCCCACAAGGCCACUCCCAAGGCCGACGUGCACAGCUUCGGUGUGGUGAUGCUCGCGGUGAUCACGGCUCGCAAGGCCAUCUACAACAUCGAUUCAAACCAAGUCAACCUCAAGCAGUGGGCAGCAGCCCUGGUGGCAGCAGGGGACGUGGCAGCCCUCAAGGACCCGCACCUGCAAGCACCGGACGACCUGGUGCUGCGCAUGGCAUGCCUGGCGCUCACCUGUACCGCCAUGCCCACGGCGUCUCGCCCGGGCAUGAGCCGUGUGCUGGCAGAGCUGCUGCUGCUCAAGGAGGAGUUCUUCGGGGAGGAGGAGGACCGCAUGGCUAUUAGGAUCGACCACGAGAUUGAGAGCUCCGAGCAGGUCGACUUCACCUUGGAGCUGGCUCGUCUUCAGGGGAUUCAACAUGUGAGCCCGCGUCCCCGUACUAAUGACUUCCGGCGAAAGAUCAACGAGAUGGCGACCAAGAGCCACCCAAACCUGGUGAGGCUGCUGGGGUACUGCUUUGACAUGAGCUACGAGGCGGAGCGAAUGGAGCAGAUCGUGGUCUAUGAGUUCAUGGCCAACGGCGACCUCGACCGCUGGAUCGGAGCCGGCGCACCUCAUCCGCUCACAAUGCAGCAGCGGCUGAGCAUCCUGACAGGCAUGGCGCGCGGGCUGGAGUAUCUGCACGGCUUCAGCAUCGUGCAUCGCGACAUCAAGCCCGCCAACGUGCUGCUGGACGCGCGCAUGCACGCCAAGCUCGCCGACUUUGGGCUGGUGCGACUUGGGGAAGGUACAUCUGUGGCCGCCACGCGCGUCAUGGGCACGCCGGGCUAUGUGGACCCCGCUUACUACCGCUCCCACAAGGCCACUCCCAAGGCCGACGUGCACAGGUGUGGAUGA